AUGGACUCGUUCGGCGACACGUACAACAGAGACAGAGACAGAGACAGAGACAGAGACAGAGACAGAGACAGAGACAGAGACAGAGACAGAGACAGAGACAGAGAUAGAGACAGAGACGGAGACGGAGACGGAGACGGAGACGGAGACGGAGGAAACGACGGAGGCAGAGACGCAGAGCGAGAGAGCGGGAGAAGGGAUGAAGGGAGGGAGAACAAGAGAGAGACUGAAGGUUUGAGGGAGAUGGGCGAGAUUGGAAUCGGGCUCACCGGGAUGGGGCUCUUGUUCACGAUGCUGGGGGUAUUGCUAUUCUUCGACGGGGGCCUCCUCGCCGUUGGAAAUCUGUUAUUUCUAGCCGGCACAUCUUUGAUUCUUGGGUUUUCUCGUAUGAAACACUUGUUUCUCAAGAAGGAGAAGCUAAGGGGAACCGUUCUCUUCUUUCUCGGCCUUCUCCUUGUCAUUUUCAAAUGGCCCAAGAUAGGCUUCUUCAUGGAGGCUUUUGGAUUCAUGAAUCUCUUUGGAAAUUUCAUCCCGCAUGUCAUCAUAGUUGCCCGACACACCCCGUUUGUGAAAAAUAUCUUCGAGCUUCCGGGCUGCGGACUAUCUACAAAAGGGAUCGAGCUCUUCAAAACAAGCUAA